CUGCCAAACACGCAACAUCAUCUACAUUUCUUUCCGAGUCAUCUACAUCGUCGUAGCUUUCCCUGCCACUGUCCUCAAGCCUGUCAAAGCCUUUCAAAGCCAACAUCUAUCUCCCUCUGCCAUUAACCUCACCGUGGGCUGAUCCGGAUCACCCUUACUUGCCCAGCUUCUUCUCAAGCCUCACCAUAUCGCAUCGCCAGCUAUGCGAUUUACGCGAGAAGACUACCUUCCAUUAUCUGCUCUAUUAUUUCUUCCGACCCUUGUAUCGGCCGCAAGUAGCAUAGACUGCCCAAACAUCCGUAUAAACGAUGUUCCCUACGAUCUAUCGGCACUGAAGGGCGCGCAUACUGUAUUCAGGGAACAGAAGAUCCCAGGCGAAAGUAUUCACAACCAGACUUUCACUUUGGACUUAUGCAGUCCCCUUAUAAAAGAGAAAUCCGAUGAUGACUUGAGCCAAUGCAAACAGGGUGCUAAUAUUUGUGGCGUGAAAUAUCUGAUCAACCCAUCAGGUGCCAUUGUAGACGAAGUCGUAUCUGUUGCCGGGCAGUUCGCGAGCUCAUACGGUGGCCAUCAGGACGCGAAAUGGACACGACUAAAAGAUUCGGACUCACACGAAGACUCUAAGAAGGAUGGGCUAAGGUUGGAAAUGAAUGGCGGUCGUCAUCCAAUGGAAGGAAGCGGAGGCACACCCCAACGAGCUCUGAUCGAAUUUAUCUGCGAUCCGGAUGUUGACGGCCUCGACGGUUUAGGCGAGACUGAUCCUCACUUUAAGUCACCCAAGGCGAAAAAUAGACGCGAUGACGAUGGGGGCGACGACGACAAUAACGAUAACGAAAACAAUGGCGGCGACAACGACGGGGAUGAUGAUAGCGACGAUGGUGACCAGCAAGACGACAGCAGGCCUCUGAAGUACAAGAGCUACGAGCGAGAGCUGCCAGGGGGAAAAAAGAUGGACGUUCUGCGUCUUGAGUGGCACACCAAGUAUGCCUGCGAAAAUGCUGAACGUGACGUGCCUAAGAAGUCCAAUGGAUCUUGGGGCUUCUUCACUUGGUUCAUCGUGGUCCUAUUUCUUAGUGUCGCCGCAUAUCUCGUCUUUGGCUCUUGGCUAAACUACAGCCGUUAUGGCGCCCGCGGCUGGGAUCUGUUACCUCAUGGUGACACGAUCCGAGAUCUGCCGUACCUUCUGAAAGAUUGGGCACGACGGGCUACUGGGUCUCUCUCUAGCAGCAGAGGCGGGUACAGCGCAGUCUAGGCACAAUUUCGAUAGGAUCGAAUUUACAUAUAGCUUCAGCAUACGCAGCAGAAUGGAGUUUUGGAGAAUAAGACUUAAUUUAGACUGACAUGUGUUAUUAGUUGUAUCCCCAGCAUAUAAGCAGCUUGCGUGUGUAUCAAUAGUAUAUGGCGUUCGAAAGGAUUUAACUUUGUAUUCCAUGACUCAUGGCAAGUGGUUAAAACCAGAAAAAGCAGAAUCGUGUCAUAGGUAUCGGUCACAUCGCUCUGGUGGGCUGUAUUGAUAUAGCUGUCUAACAAACUAGAUAUAUCAAGGGAAGUCUAUCUAUAAAUGAGUGUAUCUAAUGUACAGUAAUAAAAUGAGACAGGACUAUAAGAGCCUAUCGACGCAUCUCUUUUUCAUCGGUAGUCAUACACAGACGUGGGCCCAAGCAUCUUUCUAAUACUU